AUGGAAUCGGAAGAAGUAAAAAUAGAGAUGAUUCAACGAGCUAUAAAGCAAUUAAUGGAAUUGGAGGAUGAAAAAUUUAACCCCAAUAGAUCUUCUCUCCUCGAAAGCUAUGCGGCGGACAGCGAAGAUGAUAAAAAUACUGGUGGACGCCGCCAGCUACUCUCCAAAUUGCUUUCUCAGUUAGAGUCAUUGGACGGCAUCCCUCAACAAUCUGGAGAGUCGGCUGAUGAAGAGAAUUCUCCCAAAAAUAGUGGAAAGAGUGAGAUGGCAGAAGCAGUGGGAAGUAGAGCUUCUGGGAUCACAAAUGAGGACAUAACCAAAGAGCUUAAGGAGGUGAAGAAGCAGAAUUUUGUCACCCACUGCCUUCUAUCAGCAUUGAUUGUUUUAACCGUUGCAUGGCAACUAUCUGAAGUCUCUCUUAUUUUGAAAAUUAAAGAUGGUUUGCGCAACCCUUUGGGAUCCAUUAGCGGUAUAAUCACCGGGAUGUUUAGAGGCCGCCCAAAUGGUAUCGCUCUAGAGGCGGCUAAGCACGUGUCUGCAAAGCAAAUGGAAAUACCCGAACCUACUUCCCUUCCUGGUCCUAGAAUUCCUGGGUUUCCCAUCGAGGACUUUCUAGGUUGGGAUUCCAGUGAUGAUGACUAG